AUGAACAUAUAUAUUCUCUUACUGGUUGCUUCUUCGGUUGUGGCACUUCCAAGACAGAAACGUGGAGAUGCCACCCCAACAACUGUCACGGACUCCACCACGUCAGCUACUACAGCAACUUCUGCAUCUGACCCUACAACCACAGUAGCAACUACACCUACAACGACCUCGGCAACUACACCUACGACAACCUUGGCACCUACCCAAGCAAGCACACCGACAACUACACCGUCAACGACGCCCACAACUACACCUACAACGACUGCAACAACCACACCCACAACAACUCCUGCAACUGCUCCACAAACAACAACGUCGCCCAAUUGGCCUCGACCAUUUCCGUUUCCUCCAGGACCAGGAUUCCCAUUUCCGCCACCGCCACCUCUACCACCAAUGGGGCCAGGACCAUGGGGUCCUAUUGGCUUCCCUCCACGUGGACCUAUGGGGCCAUGGAGUGGACCUAUGCGGCCAUGGGGCGGACCCAUGGGACCAGCGGGUGGACCGAAAGGACCGUGGGGCGGACUUAGACGACCAUUAUUCGGUGGACCAAGAGGACCAUGGGGUGGACCUAUGGGACAGUGGGGCGGACGACGGUGGUAG